AUGAGAAUUGGAAUAAGUUUUCUGUGGUGGCUUGGACUUAUGACCCGUAAAUAUAAAUUGCCUUCGGCUCCUAACUCACCAGAAACCUUCAUGUUCCGACAACUUACAUUUACUCGUUCUUCAGCUUGCUUGAGAAGGACAACGUUGCCAACACCGAGACUGGCUCUUCGUCGAACACUAAUCACCAAAAAGUACACUGCGGAGCACGAAUUGGUGGCUUUUGAUGACACUAAUGGACUUGGAACCAUCUCAAUCACCGACCAUGCUCAGUCGUCCUUGGGGGACGUCGUUUUCGUCGAACUUCCAACCAUAGGCACCGCCGUGAGACAAGGAGACCAAAUUGGAGCGGUAGAAAGUGUCAAGGCAGCAUCUGAUAUCUAUGCACCAGUUUCCGGGAAGAUAGAGGAAAUUAACGAAACCCUUUCGUCUCAACCUAAUCUGCUGAACAAAUCACCGGAAGGCAAAGGAUGGUUAUGCAAAAUAAAGCUUUCCGAUCCUUCCGAGAUAGAGAAACUCAUGACUGAGGAGGAGUACAAGAGCAGCUACGAGAUAGUGUAA